GGAGAGGGCGCUCCAGGCCCCGCCCCUUCCGCGCCCCAGAGAGUCGCCCGCUGAGGGGAGCGCGGAGGGAGCAGCCCAGGUCCCGGCGGCCUCUUCGCGGCGGGGAAACGAGGACUCAGUGGAGCCAUCUCUUGGGUGCAGUAAGGAAACCAAUAUUACCAGAAGAAGAAAUCCUCUCAAGGUGAUGGCCUUGCUGAAUUCCUGAUCUCACUUACUAAUAAGAAAGGAAAAAAGAAGAAUCAAGUCUCAGUAUUGCAAUUAAGCACCCAUAUCAUUGUUGACAUGACAGAGAAAGCAUCUAAAAGCCUGGAGUGUGGAAAGAGCUUCACUGAGAGUAGGAGCCUACAAUUGCAUCAAUGGACUCACACUGGAGAGAAACCCUAUACAUGCCCGGAGUGUGGACAGAGUUUCGCUUCUAGUUCAGGUCUACGUUCACAUCAACGGACUCACACUGGGGAAAAACCGUAUACAUGCCGGGGGUGCGGAAAGAGUUUCACACGGAGGGAUCAUCUGCAGCAACAUGAAAGGACUCACACUGGGGAAAAACCCUAUACAUGCCUGGAGUGUGGAAAGAGCUUCAAUUGGAGUGGAAAACUACGUAAACAUCAACGGGUUCACACUGGAGAGAAACCCUAUACAUGCUUGGAGUGCGGAAAGAGCUUCACUGAGAGUGGAAACUUAUGUAAACAUCAACGGACUCACACUGGAGAGAAACCCUAUAAAUGCCUGGAGUGUGGACAGAGUUUCGCUUCUAGUUCAGGUGUACAUUCACAUCAAUGGAUUCACACUGGGGAAAAACCCUGUACAUGCCUGCAGUGUGGAAAGAGCUUCACUGAAAGUGGAAGCCUACGUUUGCAUCAACGAACUCACACUGGGGAAAAACCCUAUACAUGCCUGGAGUGCGGAAAGAGUUUCAUUCGGAGGGAUUCUCUGCAGCAACAUGAAAGGAUUCACACUGGAGAAAAACCCUAUAAAUGCCUGGAGUGUGGAAAGAACUUCACUCAGAGUGGAACGCUACGUUUGCAUCAACGGACUCACAUUGAAGAGAAACCUUAUACAUGCCUGGAGUGCGGAGAGAGUUUCCCUAAGAGGCAUCAUCUGCAGCAACAUGAAAGGACUCACACUGGAGAAAAACCCUAUACAUGCCUGGAGUGUGGAAAGAGCUUCACUUGGAGUGGAAAGCUACGUAAACAUCAACGGACUCACACUGGAGAGAAACCCUAUACAUGCCUGGAGUGUGGAAAAAGCUUCACUGAGAGUGGACACCUACGUAAACAUCAACGGACUCACACUGGAGAGAAACCCUAUAAAUGCCUGGAGUGUGGACAGAAUUUCACUUCUAAUUCAGGUCUACGUUCACAUCAAUGGACUCACACUGGGGAAAAGCCCUAUACAUGCCUGGAGUGCGGAAAGAGUUUCACUUCUAGUUUAGGUCUACGUUUCCAUCAACAGACACACACUGGGGAAAAACCCUAUGCAUGCCUGGAGUGCGGAAAGAGUUUCACUCGGAGGAAUAUUCUGGAGCAACAUAAAAGGACUCACACAGGGGAAAAACCCUAUACAUGCCUGGAGUGUGGAAAGAGCUUCACUCAGAAUGGAAAGCUACGUUUGCAUCAAAGGACUCACACUGGAGAGAAACCGUUUACAUGCCUGGAGUGCGGAAAGAGCUUCACUGAGAGUAGAUACCUACGUACGCAUGAACGGACUCACACUGGAGAGAAACCCUAUAAAUGCCUGGAAUGUGGACAGAGUUUCGCUUCUAGUUCAGGUCUACGUUCACAUCAAUGGACUCACACUGGGGAAAAGCCCUAUACAUGCCUGGAGUGUGGACAGAGCUUCACUGAGAGUAGAAGCCUACGUUCACAUCAACGGGUUCACACUGGAGAGAAACCCUAUAAAUGCCUGGAGUGUGGACAGAAUUUCAUUUCUAGUUCAGAUCUAAGUUCACAUCAAUGGACUCACACUGGGGAAAAACCCUAUACAUGCCUGGAGUGCGGAAAGAGUUUCAUUUCCAGAGUAGGUCUACGUUCACAUCAGUGGACUCACACUGGGGAAAAACCCUAUACAUGCCUGGAGUGCGGAAAGAGUUUCACUCGGAAGGCUAUUCUGCAGCAACAUCAAAGGACUCACACAGGGGAAAAACCCUAUAAAUGCCUGGAGUGUGGAAAGAGCUUCACUCAGAGUGGAAAGCUACGUUUGCAUCAAAGGACUCACACUGGAGAGAAACCGUUUACAUGCCUGGAGUGCGGAAAGAGCUUCACUGGGAGUAGAUGCCUAUGUACACAUGAACGGAGUCACACUGCAGAGAAACUCUAUACAUAGAAUCAUUAACUUGGAAGAGACCCUGUAGGCCAUCCAGUCCAACCCCCUGUCAAGAAGCAGGAAAAUUGUAUUCAAAGCACCCCCGACAGAAGGACACCCAGAGAUUUGCUAAGACAGAGACGGAGCUUUUCAAACUUUACAUGUUGUUGAUACGUUUUAGACAUCCAUUCUUUCAUGACACGGAAAUUCAGUUUCACUAGCAAACCAACCCCAUAUAUGGAGAUAAGUUUCUUUCGUGUUACUCCCAAGUAAUUGAAGUGAAACCUUCUUCCUUGCAAACGAAGUGACGAACUGGCUGAAAAAGGUGGAGGGAGAUUCUAUGACACAAGCAUCAAAAAUUCAUUCCAAACAAAAUAUAUAACAAAAUAUAUUUAACUGAAUGGUGAUUCUGUGGAAAAAUACUGUAAUGCCUGUGUUGUCGAAGGCUUUCAUGGCCGGGAUCACAGGAUUGUUGUGUGUUGUUCAGGCUGUAUGGCCAUGUUCCAGAAGUAUUCUUUCCUGACAUUUCGCCCACAUCUAUGGCAGGCAUCCUCAGAGGUUGUGUAAUACCUGUGCUAUCAUCCUUAUAAAUUUGAUUAAAAUAUAUUCAUUCUUUGUAUUUUUAAAAAAUCUUGUAACCUUACUUUCUAGAUAUCCCUUGUAUAUGGCUGGAGUUACACUUAAAAUAAUAAUAAAAAUAACAACAACAACUAUUAUUAUUGUUAUUUUACCUGCCUCUUGUAGCUCGAGACUGGUUACAGAAUAACUAAAACACAUAAACUUUGUAAACAUCCCACAAAUUUAUAUGUUAAAACAUAGUUCUAUAAAAUGCAUAUUAAAAUACACAGAACAGACAUUAAACACAGGACACGAGUUUAAAAUCCAUGCUUAAAGCUGGCUGGGUAGACUUGCUGGGAGAAUCCUAGAAUCACAGAAUUGGAAGAGACCACGUGGGCCAUCUAGUCCAACCCCUUUUAGUGCCAUGAAGGAAAAGCACAAAGUACCCCUUUAGGUUUUUAGAAUUAGAUGGUGUGAAAAUUCUGAUACUCAUUUAGCUCUUUUUCCAGCAGGUCGUUCCACAGUUUUGGGGUGACCGAAGAAAAGGUCCUCUGGGUGAUGGCCACCAGUUGGGUUUCGGAUGGAUGGAAUAAACAUCCGUCAGAGGGGUGGGUUGUAAGGGAGAAGGCCAUCCUGGAUCCAAACCAUGCAGGGCUUUAACCCUCAAAUCAAAUGCUGUUUGUCUUGCCCGGAAACACAUUGACAGCCAAUGGGGGCGGUGGUGUUGCAACAGGUUAAACUGUUGAACUGUUGAAUCUGCUGAUCUAAAGAUUAGCAGUUUGAAGCCACAGUACGCUGUGAGCUCCUGAUGUUAGCUUUAGCUCCUGCCAACUUAGCAGUUCCCAAACAUGCAAAGGUGGCUAGGUCAAUAGGUACAGCUUCAGCGGGAAGGUAAUAAAGGCGCCCAUGCAGCCAUGUCGGCAGCACAACCAGGAGGACAGCAGGCUCCUGGGCUUGGAAAUGGAACAAGAGCACCUCCCUCCCUCCCCGUGGCCAGAGUUGAGCACCGCCUCCAGAAGCCGGAGACGAAAGGGGAAGCCUUUACCUCUGUUCUGUGUAUUUGCAUGUCACUGUUCUUCCACUGUAUUAAAGGCACUGAAUGUUUGCCUACCUGUGUAUGUUGUCUGUUAGGUCCCAGCCAGCCAAGGCACCAAGGCCUGCAGCGUUUCAGGACCUGCCCUUUGACACCGAUAAUGAGGAGGAAUUCACUGACAUUGCACCCUCCACGGAGGGGCCUUUACAGCUGCAGGUGCCUGAAAUGUUGACGUUGAAGAAUUGUUAAUUGGGGAGGAUUCUUCUAGUCCUUCAUUGCAGACAGAGCCAGAUGUGGAAGAAAUGCCUGGGAACUGAGUGUUUAAUCGUAAAGAGUUUGUGACUAGACAAAGGGGGGCAAAACAGGAAAUUUACCACAGCCAGAGACUGGCAAACAUGGGAAAAUGGGUAGCAUUCCCUUGAGAAAGUUUUGGGAGUUUGUACUCCCCAACUUCUGAACAGACCAGAAUCUGUUAAAAGUGUGUUUGGUAGAUUCCUUUGCGGUGUCAAUGAUGCUUUCUGGAGAAAGGUUUCUCUGUUCCUAGUUCCUGUUCAAGCCAAGUUUCCAGUUUCCAGUCGGGCUGCGCCAGGCCGCGACUCUCAAGUAGACCCCGACCUUACUUCGGAUGUUAUUCCUCGUUCCUGAUUCAAGAUCGCCCCUGCUUUAACACCUUGUUUCCCUUGAUUGCUACAAAGCAUUUCCAGUGGAUAGAACUCUGUUUUCUACCAGCCUUGUUUCCCUGUUUAACUUUGUGGAUUUGAUUUCUUGGGAGAGCUAACGAGUUCUCAUUUUGGAUUAUAAUAUCGGACCUUUUCCUUCACAUAAUUAAAACUAUCAUUUACUUUCUGACAAGAACUGUUCCUUACUCAGACUUUAUACCUAAUUUCCUUUGGAUCUAUAAUUGUUUUAAUAAAGAUAGAGUGGGUUAUAUUGGCUCUUGUCUGGUUUUCGAGUGCUCACACUGCCUUGGGGUGCAACAUUGUCAUCCGCUCUGCGUUCCCUCGGGGAGAUAGAGCGGAAUAUAAAUCAGGUGCAUUAGUAUUAUUAUUUUAGUAUGGGGUAUACUAUCCUCAUGCCUGGAUGUCCCUGUGACCAACUGGCUGCUGCAUUUUGAACCGACUGGAGUUCCCAAACUUGGCACAAGGGUCGCCCAAUGUAAAACGCAUUGCCAGUGUGUGUAUUGAGGGCCAUCCUGGAUUCCACAAGUCCCCAGUCCUCAGCGAGUAGCUAGGAUAGAAAACAGGCUUAGAAUCAGGGAGUCCUUCCUCUAUUCCCUAGAAGGGGCCUUUCCUGCCGCUACUCUUCCUGCUUGACCACUGUCAACUCCCGUGUCUGAAGAUGUCGCCAUGGUCUCUCUUUGAGGUGUGAGGUAGCUUCCUCCCUAUUGGUGUUGUGGUUGCCCCUGGCCUUUGACCACGUGGUCAGCCUCCCUUACGUCCUUCGCUGCCUUGGUUCUCUCGAGAGUAUGCAUUCUGCCUUUCUCCAGGCGAAAUGUAGCUACAUGGAUAUUUGGAUAUUUUUACCCUUUUACCUUCCUUGGAAGAUAGCUUAGACAACGAGUCUGCUCCAAGAACCUUUUCUAUCUAGAAGGGAUUUCUUUUUACCACAAUAAAUAUUUUGAACCUAUAAUUGUGGCUCUGCAAUCCUUUGCCAUCCUAAGGAACAAAAGCAUAUCCCAGCUCUCCACACGUAAGUUUCUGCUGCUCACGAAGUGUGCUUCUGCCACUCAGCUGCAUUUUAUAUGGAAUCACCCCAAGGGGGGUUAUUUUUGAGUCUAACCGCUCAGUAGAUUCCCAACAGCUUGAACUACCAUCUUUAGGUCCUCCAAGUCUAGGAAACAUCAGCCAAAGCUGAUAGUAUGCACUCCUGGCCGUUGCAUCUCCCUGGACUGACAUUAGGAGAGAUGGAUCCAGGAGCCCUUCUCCCUAAGAACAACGACAACAACACUAUUUAUUUUCCACUCUUCUCCCCGAUGGGACUCAGAGCAGAUUACAGCAGAUAAACAGACACAGACAAACAUUCACUGCCUUGUGACAAUGACAGACAAUGAGACACAAAUACACAGGCAAAGGCUUCUCCUUUCUGGAUUGCUGUGAGUUUUCUGGGCUGUCUGGCCAUGUUCCAGAAGAAUUCUCUCCUGACGUUUCACCCACAUCUAUGGCAGACAUCCUCAGAGAUUGUGAGGUCUGUUGGGAACUGGACAAGGAUGUCCAGGAUGGAAGAGAGAACUCUUGUCUGCUUGAGGAAAGGGAAAUGUUGCAAAUGGCCACCCUGAUUAGCACUGAAUGGCCUUGCAGUUUCAAAGCCUGGCCUGCUUCCUGCCUGGGGGAAUCCUUUGUUGGGAGGUGUUAGCUGGUCCUGAUUGUUUCAAGUCUGGCAUUCCCCUGUUUACAGAGGGUUGUUUAUUUGCUGUCCUGAGCCACCCAGCCUCUGCUUAGAACCUCCAGGGAAGGAGGCUCCUGCUGCCAAGCUCCCUGGCGACAGCAGGUGCCUCUGCUGAACAGCUUUUGAGCAGGAAGUUCAUCCUGAUGUUCAGGCGGACUCUCAUUUCUUGCAGUUUAAAUCCUAGUCUCCAAAGCAGCAGAAGCCAAGCAUUCUGUCCCUUCCGCGAUGGGACAUCCUUUCUAACAUUUCGCUCUCAGCCUUUUCGUCUCCAAGCUAAGCCUGCGCAGCUCCACAAGCUGCUCCUCGGAGGGAUUUGUGGUUUCUACACCUUUGGCCAUUUUGGUGGCCCUUCUCUGGACGCCUCCCAUCUUGUCCACAUCCAAGCAAUUUGGCCCAGGGAUUGGGGUGGGGGUGUCCCUUGGGGAGCUGUUUGAUGAAGCAGCUGCCUCGUCUUGAGGGGACAUCUGUGUCCAUGUCCAUGGGUUCUGCAUCCACCCCUAUGGCUUGAAAUGAUUCCUCUCCACUGAAAAGAAAUCUCAAAAGCAGAGCUAGGUUUUUGGCAUUGCAUACCAGGGAUGUCAUUGUCUUGCACAUUGUACUUCAUGGGACUUGGGCCUCCGUGGAUUUUGGCAUCCACACGAGGCCCUGGAAACAACCCCAAGUGGACACCGAGGGGCCCUGUCUAGGUAUCUCAUGCCACAGAAUGAGAGUGGGGGUGGAGUGGCCCCCCAGGUGUUGUUGAGCGGCCACUCCUAGUCGCCCCCUGAGCACUGACCCUACGGCAUCCGUCCCACUGGCUCCAGGGCUUCUGGCCAGGCUUGCCCAUUGGCUUCCUCUGAGAGUGUGGCUUGCCCAAGGCCACCCUGUGGUUUCCAAGGCUGAGUAGAAAUGUGAACCCUGGUCCCAGAGUUGGAGUCCAGCACUCACACCACUGCACCAAGCGGGCUCUCAUUCCUGGGUGUGAGAAUGGAAUCAGCAAAGGUCAGCAAAGGUCAAAGGUCCUUUGCAAAGACCAUUUCACGGAGUUGGAGGGAAGGAAAGGGGACAAGGAGGGCGCAGGGCUUCCUGCAAAUGGCUGGGAAACCACGUCCAGGAAUUCCUUCUGGAAGUCUUUGGGUUUUUUUGAAAAGGAAGAAACGUGCUGCCUGGGUGGAGUCUCCUUCUGUGGAGGAGGCCAGAUGUGCCUCUGUCGGGAGGGCUUGAGCGACACCUUCCUGCCUGAAGAAGGAAGGGGAUUGGGCUGGGUGGCCUUUGGGGUCUCUUCCCACUUGAAGAGUCCAUAAAAUGCCCCCUGAGGUCACCCAGGAUCUGAGAUUGUGCCCUUUUUCUCUUCCAGGGUAAAGUGUUGUUGAGUAUGAAUUUGGGAGGCCCUGGCAAAGCAGAGACCGGCCAGACCCAAAAAGGAGGAUCCGGGAACCCUGGCGAGACAGCAAGAACCCAAUGGAAUUUCCCCCUAAUUUUUCCAAAUAAAAAUCUCACCAGGUUGAAGGAAA